CCAGCGCUGGGGGCAGAGCGCUCUCCUCCCAGCCCGCCCCAGCCGGUCCUCCCUGCCCCUCGCUGCUCUCCUCCCUCCCACUCUCCUUUUUCCUGCUUUCCCUCCCUGCUAGGGCGUAAUCGAGUCCAAGGCAGGAUCAAGUUCCCCGCCUUCCAGUCCAAAAAUCCCGCCAAGGGAGCCCCAGAGCCCAGGAAAACCCGAAGUGGAGAGAGGGGGAGAAAGAAACCAGUGAGUGCUCGCGGCGAGGCGGGAGAGCAGCCGCCGCCCAGGCAGGAGCAGCCGGCCGCACCUGGACCGGCCGCAGCGCACCGCACCGAACCGAACCGCGCCGCCACAAAGGCAGCCAGCGAGCCAGCGAGCCAGCGAGCAGGAGCGCAGCCGCGUGCACACCUGCCACUCAAAAUGCAGUCCCAACAAUACCAGCAGCAGCGUUGGAAACUUGCAGCUGUCUUCUUGGCAUUCAUUUUCAUUUUGGCAGCUGUGGACACUGUGGAGGCAGGGAAGAAAGAGAAAGCAGAAAAAAAAGUGAAGAAGUCGGACUGUGGGGAAUGGCAGUGGAGUGUGUGUGUGCCCACUAGUGGCGACUGUGGACUGGGCACCCGGGAGGGCACUCGCACUGGAGCUGAGUGCAAGCAAACCAUGAAGACUCAGAGAUGUAAGAUCCCCUGCAACUGGAAGAAGCAAUUUGGAGCGGAGUGUAAAUACCAGUUUCAGGCCUGGGGAGAAUGUGACCUGAAUACGGCCCUGAAGACUAGAACUGGGAAUCUGAAGCGAGCCCUCCACAAUGCUGACUGCCAGAAGACAGUCACCAUCUCCAAGCCCUGUGGCAAACUGACCAAGUCCAAGCCUCAAGUGGAAUCUAAGAAGAAGAAAAAGGAAGGCAAAAAGCAGGAGAAGAUGCUGGAUUAAAAGAUGCCACCUUCUGAGGAACGUGAACAGGACAUCUGCAGACAGGAGCAGUUAAUUAUUGCAUUUAUACCUACUGUAGGCUUUGUAUUCAAAGUUAUGUAUAGCUUAAGUACACGAUAGGCAAAACAAAGACGAAAAAAAUUUUGUAGUAGAAUUUUUAAAAAUGUAUACCAUAGUACCACUAGGGACUUAUAAUAAAGGACUGUAAUCCUAUUUAGAAAGUUGAAGUUGACUUGUAGUACAUGAUAAGUGAUAGAUAGUUGAGGUAAGUUUUUUUUGAAGUUAUACAAUAUUUCACGUUUAAAUUUUUUUUUUUUACAUUUUUUUCAUUUGGCAGCAAUUUAAAUGUUGUGAUCAUGUAAACUACUUCUCUUGUUAUUUUGUGGUCACCUAGAUUUUUUUCCCAAUUGAGAAAAAUAUAUAUACUCAACAAAGCAGCAAUAAAAUAUCACCACUCUAGCUGAGGGAAACAUCUUGUUUUCUGCUGACCCAUUUAAAAAAUAGUCAUCCAAAUAAAUGAGGAAAAGAGGCAGAGAAACAUAGUACAGAGUCGACUUUUUUGUUUUUAAAGAAAAUUGUUAAAAUAUGAAAAUCACUUUGGCAGAAACAUCUGCUAUCUUAAUGAAAUUAUUUUUCCAUCUGAGGGAAAAAAUGCUAGGAAAAAUAAAUCAAGGUGAUGUUGAAUAAAAGGUGCUUUUGUGUGCAAUAA